CUCGAACCUUCUUGCAUUGUGUCGUCGAAGGCGGUUGGACCAUUCGGCGGCCGCACCCUCGAUCCAAAAUCCCCAAUUCGCCUUCCACGAAACCCUAACCCUAGUUCUCCGUCUCCGGCGGGCUCUACCGGCGGCGAGGCAAGAUGCCGGCGACAGCGGGGCGCGUGCGCAUGCCCGCCAACAACCGCGUCCACAGCAGCGCGGCGUUGCAGACCCACGGCAUCUGGCAGAGCGCCAUCGGCUACGACCCCUACGCCCCGGAGAACAACAAGCACCAGCCUCCCUCCUCCUCCGUCUCCGCCAACGCCGCCGCCGCCAACGCCGCCGCCGCAUCCGCCCCAUCCGCCUCCGCUCCUUCCUCCUCCUCCGCCGCCGCCUCCUCCGACAACGCCUAUACCAGCUUCCAGGGCCUCCUCGCGCUCGCCCGCAUCACCGGCUCCAACUCCGACGAGACCCGCGGCGCCUGCAGGAAGUGCGGCCGCGUCGGCCACCUCACCUUCCAGUGCCGCAACUUCCUCUCCGUCAAGGAGGACCUCGACAUGGAGGACGAUAUUGAUGCCGGGAUUCGGGCCGCCUCGCAGGCCAACGCCCAGGCCAAGUUGGACGAGUUCAGGAAGAAGACCUCCGGAGGCAAGGACGCCGACGAGGGCUCCGAUGACGAGGAUGAGGACGACGAGGAAGACAGCGAUGAUUCCUCUGAUUCGGACAUCGAUCCUGAGCUGGAAAGGAUAAUCGCUGAGCGUGAGCGUGCCAAGAGUGGCAGGAAGCAUUCAAGGGAUGAAGAGAAGAAGACAAGCCGCCAUAGGAGCAGCAGCAGGGGAAGGUCCAAGCACAGGAGGAGCACCAAGAGGAGUGAUACCGAGGACGACUUAGAGGAAGAGAGGAGCAAGGACAAGAAGAAGAAGAGUAGGCGCAAGAGGCAUGAAAGAUCAGAUGAGGACAGCGAGAGUGAUUCUGACAAGAAGAGGCAUAGGAAGAGCAGGAAGGACAGGAAGAGGCGUAGGAGCCAUCGCAGGAGUGAUGACACAUCGGAUGAGGAUGAGUCUGGAGGUGAAGACAGGAGGCGUCGUCGCCAUCGCAAGCGCCAGCACCACCACAGGAAGGGUGCAUCCGACGGUGAUUCUGGAAGUGGUGCCAGUGACUCUGCAGAUGAUAGGAAGCGAUCUAGCAGGCGGAGAAGGCACCGUAAGUCAGAAAGUAGUGGAUCAGAUGGUGAUGAACGACAUGGUCAGGGGGCAAAGCGGAGCAAGGAAAAGAGGGGCAAAGAAGAGUGCUGAAGUGGUAAUUUGCUCUCAAGUGAUAUUAUUUACACCCUCUAUUUUACCGACAAUGCUUAUCUUUGUCCUCUGUCCUGGUGUAUGUUGUUAUUUCAAGCAUCAUGAUUGAUAUGUAUAAGUGUAGUACUUUGUUCCAGUGAGUGAACUUCAAACUUAAUAUGCAUAGAACGUUUUACCUUGAACUUGAUAGUUUGUCUGUAUUUUAAUGAAUUGGCUUUGUUUCUUGAUGAAACUGCAAAAUUGGAUUUGCAUGGCACCAACUGUAAUAAUGUAGUAAUGGAGCCCUUAAAGCGGCCAGGAUACCGAAUGAACCUUGUUAAAACUUA